AUAGUGAAUUCACGUUUUAUACAAGCAGGUGCUAUAUAUUUUUAAUUGAAAAAGGCUGCCAAUAUUAUGGCGUUUCUUUGCCCAGGAAAGCUAUCUAGAAGACGUAGACGCAAAGGUUUGUUUGUUUUGCUUGUUGUCCUAGGAAAAGAAAAUUGAUCAAUUCGACUUAUUUAUGGCAGUGAACGAUUUUUGGGAUGCUCCUGGUAGAAUAACAGGAUCGUCAAGCAUUGAUACAUUGGUAAGGGUUGGUUUAGAAAAGGAAAAAGGUCUCAAGCCUGAAAGAAAUAUGAUAGUUCUGCAAGAUUUUUCCCCUUGUGGUCCAGAUGAAGUACGAGUCAAUAAAGGACAAUUUGUCAAUGUUUUAUACACUGAAAGAAAUUGGGUUUAUGUGAUAACUGAUCAUGGUGCUGAAGGUUUUAUACCAAUUAAUUAUUGUGCCCCAAGAAAACAGUAUCCAUUGAUGGCUCAUACGGAAGCCUUAUGCGGAGUGAGAAGUCCUACUUCCAGCGGAGAGGGCUUCGGUAGCCCUUUGAGCUUACAGCGAUCCGCUUCACUUCCCUCAAUAACGGAUAACCAGGUGUAUGAUCAGCAAGCAAAUUCCGUUUAUCAGAAUGAGGAUGUAAUUGAAGAAUGGAAGUCACGCCACGCACGAAAUGUCGCCGCCCAUCAAGAGGAAGUAUUUGAAAAAAAGAACUAUGGAACACAUCGAGUAUUAUAUAACUAUAGAAUUAAUUAUGAAAACGACGUUCAAGUAAUGAUAGGAGACACUGUUUUAGUAUUAAAUAUCGAUGAUCCCGAUUGGUUUUGGGUUCAGAGAAAAGAUAAGGAAGAGGGUUUCGUACCUGCUUCUUAUUUAAGCCCAGAUCCUUCUGCGCGAUUUUCAAGCGGAAGUGAUGAAUACGUAAGAUUGAAAAGAGAAAACAGCGAAGAAGAUAACUUAUAUCACUGUAGACUUGUUACUGUAUCAUGAACCAUUCAUUAUUUCAAAAAAUGUGUAUAUUAUAAUAAUUUAUAGCUUAUUACUAUUUGAGCACCAGAAAAAAUUAUGAGAAACCAAUGAACUUUUCGAAUGUUAAUAUUUUCAAAAUUAUUAACUUUUUUCCUUGAUAUUAAGUAUUAAG